AUGUCUGCCCUCGAUCCAAAGACUCUACCCGACAUUACCGGAACCUGGAUACUGAACCGGAAGUACUCGACCGACCCCGAGGAGGUCUUUGCUUUGCAAGGCGUCCCUUGGAUCGUCCGCAAAGCCUUGAAGCAUGCCCGAUUGUCGCUGCAACUCUGGCAAACCACCUCCAAUGAAAGCUCAGGUGGAGAAACGGAUAGCACUACCUCGAGCGAGUCAGUUACAAGGCUUCGUCUGAAGCAGGUCGUGAGCCCCGGUAACUUCGACAGCGAAGGAGCUUAUCCUUUGGAUGGAAGUCUGCAGGAACUUUCGUUGCCGAUUUUUGGAGACUUGACUAUGCGGCUGCAAUACAUCAACACCUCGGAGAUCUUGGAAGACACCAUUCGUGAGAAGUUGGUGAAAUCCAGUGUCAACAAAGAAGUGAUUCAGGAACUGGCCAAGAAUUCCCUGAAGGGUUGGGACGCCGAGGUGAUUUGGGGGUUUGAGGAGAUUGAUGGAAACCAGUACCUGACCAGGAACAUCAGCACCACCAAGGGCAAUGAUAAGGUAAUUGCUCGGAUGGUCUAUCACUCGGAGAUCUAG